UCAUGAGUGUUUCAGACACUGGGAGAUUUGUAGUUUCCCGCGACGCGUUCGCGUACUCCAAGCUGCGUUCAAAGCCACCACUGUGUUGUUGGUGUUCAGCGUGACACUCGCAGCGCGACUAUGUUUCCACCGCUUUGUCGACACUUUCUGAAGCCGCUUACACCCCCGGCUGUCCGCUUCUCACCAGUUCUAUGUGUUUCUCAAUACAUUAAAAUUAUCCAGAAAAAGCAGAAGGGCUGUGGGGUGGAGACGGAGCAGAGCAGCCCACGCCCGGCCCCUCUGUCCCCGGAGCAGCUGGACAAGAUCGCCCGCAACAAGAAAGCGGCGUUGGAGAGACUCGCUUCCGUUCAAACACCACCAGGGUUCGGGGAGAGCUGGAGGAAGGCGCUGUCGGCUGAGUUUGGAAAGCCGUACUUCAAACAACUGACGAGUUUUGUUUGUGAAGAGAGGAAACGCCACACAGUUUAUCCACCUGCUGAACAUGUAUUUACCUGGACACAGAUGUGUGACAUCCGAGAUGUAAAAGUGGUGAUCCUUGGCCAGGAUCCAUAUCACGGUCCUAACCAAGCUCAUGGAUUGUGCUUCAGUGUGAAAAGACCGGUGCCUCCUCCCCCCAGCUUGGAGAACAUGUUCAAAGAGCUGAGCUCUGACGUCAAAGGCUUCCAGCACCCGGGACAUGGAGAUCUGACUGGAUGGGCCCAACAAGGAGUGCUGUUGCUCAACGCUGUGCUGACUGUCCGAGCGCACCAGGCCAACUCCCACAAAGACCGAGGCUGGGAGGCGUUCACUGACGCCGUGGUGCAGUGGCUCAGCAAAAACCUGGAGGGCCUCGUCUUCAUGCUGUGGGGAUCAUAUGCUCAGAAGAAAGGAGCUGCUAUAGACAGGAAACGUCACCACGUCUUGCAGGCUGUUCAUCCGUCUCCCCUGUCUGCUCAUCGGGGGUUUUUUGGGUGCAGACACUUCUCAAAGGCCAACGAGCUGCUACAAAAAUCUGGAAAGUCUCCCAUUGACUGGAAAGCACUUUGAAUUCUAGUUUUCUAGCAUGUGUUCAACUACAGACCAAAACUCACCCAUAAGCUUUCCUGGGACCUGUUUUUGCAUCUUCUUAAUAUUGGCAGCUUGUUCUGUAUAGUUUUCUUUUUUUUGAAAGCCUUUUGGCUUAAGCUUACUGUUGAACUGCAUAUCUUUGCAUGCACAUAACAGUUUCCAUGUUGUAAAUAUGUUUGUACACUAUUGCCCUUUUUUUAGGUUAAACAAUAAAGUUCCUUUUUUG